CAAUUCGUAGUUGUUUUCCAAUACAUGCAUAUGUACACCGGAGUGAAUGUAUUUAAAUAUGUACAUAUGUAUCUUCACUUAUACACAAUCCGUGAAUACGUAACUAAGACUAGCGUAAUUUUGACUAAAACAGGAUAGUUGUCCGUCGCCCGCAUUUUAUCACCAUCUGGCUUGCAUGAACAACUGUUUGAAAUCUUCCAAGAUAGAGGACAGGAUUAUUCGAGAAAGAUCGUGUUUUCAUUUUAAAAUCGCACGCUUUUAAAGCAGGUGGUCAAAUAUUGUUUAAGCUUUGAAAACGGCAAUUAUUUCAUUGAACURCGUCUAGUCUACACAUAUUUUCAAAAUGUUGAAACUUAUUUUACUUAUGGCCAUGGGUUUAGGUGCUAUGUAUAUGGUACACUUGCUUGCUCAGGACUACAACAAAAUUCGGCAACCGGUCGCUGCUGCCGCUCGAGCUAUUGUAAGUGCUAGCAAUCUGAGAACUCGAGUGAAGCGAGAUAUUUAUGAAAAUGUGACAAACACAACUACUCUCAAUAUUGACUGGAAAAUAAUUUUGUCACGAGACCCAUUUGAAUGCCUGCAAUCGCUAAUAUGCCAACUAAUGUCAGGCGCAGACACUCAUUCUCUUGAGGCCAAGUUGUUAAUGGAAUUUCUCGAAAAAACGGUAGUCUCGUCCCCAGUGGAAGUCCGCUUUGCCUUUAGUAGAGGAUUAACCCUGAAUGGUUCAACCGAAACUUGUUACAAUGUGUAUCCAUUCUGCAUAUAUUCUGCAAAAACUAUGUUAAGAGUUUUAAGAUGGUUUGCGGAGUCGCCUUAA